AUGGUAGACAAAAAACCUCUCUCGAUCCUCAAUCCAGAGCCCCGGAAGCUGCCUGGACCGGCGCUGCUUCAUUUGCUUGUUUCCGGCGCUGAAGAUGGCGACCGAACCGAUGCGGCAGCUGCAUCAGAUCACAAUGUGGCCAGAGCGCAUGCCGAAGCCGUGUCGCAACCACUGGCGCUCGACUACAAAGCCCCGGACGGCACGCAUGUGACGCUGUCAUACCCGGAGCUGCACAACAUUGCCCUUGUUCUUGCAGUCGAAAUCAGCCGUCGGCUGGAUGCUGUGGCAGAUGUGUCGACCGGAUCUGCGGUUCCGGCCACCGACGAGUUCGUCGUACCGGUCUUGAUUCCCCAGGCGCCGGAGCUGUAUGUCUCGCUUCUGGCCGUCCUCAAGUCCGGCGGUGCCUUUUGCCCAAUCCAACUGGAUGCACCACCAGACCGCAUUCGCUUCAUUUUGGACGACGUUGGAGCCGGUAUCAUCCUGACGACGUCGGCCAUGGCGGCCAGGCUCCCUGAGGGCAUCAAGGCGUCCUUACAGGUCAUGCUUGUUGAUGAGCUUCAUCUGUUUGACGGACGAUAUGUCGGGCCGGAGACGUCGGAAACCCCGAUGUCAUCGGCUCGGACUGCUGGCCCCGAUGACCUGGCCUACGUCAUGUACACAUCCGGUUCAACUGGCACGCCCAAAGGCGUCGGUGUCCCGCACGGCGCUGCUACCCAGAGCUUGCUCUCGCACGACCGCCACGUUCCGAGUUUCCAGCGCUUUCUCCAGUUUGCGGCACCCACGUUUGAUGUCUCCGUCUUUGAGAUUUUCUUCCCUUGGUUCCGGGGUGCGACGCUGGUCUGCUGCAGCCGGGCCGACAUGCUCGACGAUCUGCCGGCUGUCAUUACCUCUCUCGACGUGGAUGCUUGCGAGUUAACGCCCACUGUGGCGGGAAGUCUCCUGCAGAGCCGAGCCAACGCGCCCGGUUUAAAACUGCUCCUGACAAUUGGCGAGAUGCUGACAGAGCCUGUGAUUCGCGAAUUUGGUGCCGGUCCGGAGCAGACGAGCAUUCUUUGGGCCAUGUAUGGUCCCACAGAAGCAGCCAUCCACUGCACAUUGCAACCGGCGCUGGAUGGAACGGCUUCAGUGAAAAACAUUGGGUUUCCUUUGGACACAGUGUCGGCGUAUAUUUUGGCCAUCCCAGAUGAAGAGGGUGACGGGAGUGACAAGGACGUCUGUAGAGACCCGCGACUCGCCCAAAUGGGCGAGGUCGGUGAGCUGGCUGUUGGUGGCCACCAGCUGGCCCGCGGCUACAUUAACCGUCCGGAGCAGACAGCCGCUGCAUUUAUCGACACGCAGCAAUAUGGACGACUGUACCGCACCGGUGACAAGGCCCGGGUCACCGAACAAGGCACGCUCGAGUGCUCUGGCCGUCUGUCGGGCGGCCAGGUGAAGCUGCGUGGUCAGCGGAUCGAGCUGGGCGAGGUGGAGCAAGCUGUUCUCCGCACAGACGGCUGUCUCGGGAGUGUUGCGGCUGUGAUCAACGGCAUUCUUGUUGCGUUUUGCGACGUGGGGCCCAAGGCGUUCCUUGCUGCGGCAUUCACUGGCUUGGAAGAAGCAAUACUGGACUCGUGUCGAUCAUGGUUGCCUCGGUUUAUGGUCCCAGGCGAUAUUGUUCUCAUGCCCGAUUUCCCUCGCUUGCCAUCCGGCAAAGUUGACCGCAAACAGCUUUCGAAUGAGUACACAGAGUUGAAUACAGAGCAGGCCACCGAACCGCCACCAGAAGAGUUCGAGGACGACCUCGAUUACACGCUGCACCAGGUUGCAAGGUCAGUUCUGGGCUCGACCAUCGGCAACACAGUGCCUCUUGCUGCUGCAGGACUGGACUCGUUGAAAGCGUUUCGGUUUGCUGCCACUAUCCGCGCCGCUGGCUUCCCUCAUUCCACACCGGAAGUGUCAGACAACAUCGAAGCACAAAAUCAAGAUUAUGUAAUAGAAGCAAGUGAGCUUUUCGCCGACAAUGAACUGGUCAGAAGCAACUUCAAACUGGAAGAUGUGGAGCGCGUGGUGGAAUGUACCCCAGUUCAAGUCGCGAUGCUGGCGGAGACGCUGGCCAACCCCAGGGCGUAUUGCAACUGGGUCGAGCUUGGACUCCGCGAAAAUACACCCCGUGAAAAGAUUUUCAAGGCAUUGGGUCAUCAAAUCAGCCAACAUGAAGCGCUGAGGACCGGCUUUGCCCAGUAUCACGGCCGAUUCGUGCAACUUGAUACGGAAGAGAAGCUUCUGAUGCCAUUUUACGUGGAUAUUGCAGAGGCCGACCUCAACAAAGUCGGAGACAUUCGUGUUUUACUUCACAUGCACCACGCAAUGUACGAUGGCUGGUCUCUCGACCUCAUUCUCCGCGAUUUGAAUUCCGCCUUGCGUGGCGAGUUCAUAUUGUCUGCAAAUCACUACUCGUUCCAGCCGAGCGCCCUCCCGGAGCUCAAUGCAAGACGCGACGUUACGGGGCGAAUCCUUACUCGAGAAACAGUACUGUCCUCGGUCGAUGGCACACCGGUGGACAAGGCUCACAUAGAUCGCGUGGCCAAUGCCGUGGGAUGCAGCACACAAACUCUAUUCCAAGCCGCGCUGGCGUGGCUGUGGAGUGGCCUUGUCGGCUCCCCGGAUGUCGUUCUAGGAACGGUCACGUCGGGUCGGACCAUCCCCGUGGACAACAUUAUGGAUAUUGUAGGCCCGUGUCUACAGACUGUGCCGCUCCGAGCAGAUCUCUCUCGCAUGCGCACAAUCCGCGACCUCCUCCUGAAUAUCCACGCAUCCAAUCGCGCCCUUCUAGCGCACGCGUUCCUCCCGCUGCCCGAGAUCAAGAAAAUUGCCGGCAUUCGUCCUGGCCAAUCCCUGUACGAUGUCUUGUUCGUAUACCAAGAAUCAAUGUUCAGCAAUGGAAAUGAAGACGAAUUCGUCCGUGAGAUUGACCACAAAGACUACCUGGAGACAAAGAUGCUCUGGGAGGUGGAGCCGCAGGCGAAACACGGCCAAAGGAAUGGUACAUUUCGAAUCAGGACAACGUUUUACACUGACUCGUUUCCCCAAGUCCAAGUGGAAAUGCUCCUGAAGCAAUAUGCUGCUGCUUUGGAACAUAUUGUUGCCAAUAUGAACGACACUCUCUCCGCAGUAUACGCGGGGAUUCCUGUAGCCUUACAAUCCCGCCACAACCUCGACUACCGGACUUUUGACGGCCACCCUGACCUGGCCCAGCUCGUGCAGGAGACAUCAAAGAGGUUUCCUACGAGGCCUGCGGUUUGUUUCGCCACAUCGUUCAAUGACGGAGAGAACGACGGCGAACGCUCGAUGCAAUAUACUACUGUCACUUUUGACGAGCUCAACAGGAUGGCCAAUCAAAUUGCACGCUGUCUUCGGAAGUCACUCGGCGCAAAAACUGGUGAUGCUGUGGCGAUUGUCAUGGAGAAGUCGGUACUCCUGUACGCCGGCAUUCUGGGCAUACUCAAAGCCGGGUCGCGGAUCGCCAACAUUGUCUACACCUCGGGCAGCACGGGCGUGCCCAAAGGUGUCUGCGUCACCCAACUCAACAUCUGCAGUAACCUCGAUGUCCUGUCACGUAUCUACCCCAUCUCCCCGGAAAUUGGCGGACGGCUUCUGCAGUCGUGCUCGCAAGCAUUUGAUGUGUCCGUUUUUGAAAUUUUCUUUAGCUGGGUGUACGGCCUGUGCCUCUGUUCGGCUACAAACGAUGUGCUGUUUGAAGACCUGGAGCGCACUAUACGCCUCUUUGGCAUCACGCACCUGAGCAUGACCCCGACUGUGGCUGCACUGGUCGACACCCAGAAUACACCUAGUGUUGAGUUUCUCGUCACAGCUGGGGAGCCGUUGACAGAAAAGGUGGCCAACAUGUGGUCGAAGCAGCUGUUCCAGGGGUAUGGGCCUUCCGAGACGACAAACAUCUGCACUGUGAAGAAGAUGGCCCUUGGCGAUACCAUCCGCCACCUCGGGUUUGCUUUUGAGAAUACGUCGACAGUCGUGCUUCGCAUGGACGAUGCGAGUGGACAUACAGUACCUUUUGGGGCUGUUGGCGAAUUCUGCUUUGGUGGCGAUCAGGUCGUUGCUGGCUACCUGGGACUGCCAUCAUUAACGGCAGAAAAGUUCAUUCAUCACCCCGUUUAUGGCCGGCUCUAUCGCUCUGGUGACAUUGGCCGUAUGCUACCCGACGGUUCAUUAAUGAUCACGGGCCGCGUUGAUGACCAGAUCAAGCUACGAGGCCAACGCAUCGAGCUCAACGAAAUCAACGCCGUUCUUUGCGCAUCUCCAAUUGUGGCCAAGGCGGUGACCGUUGUCACCCGCAAAGAAGACUCGCCGGAGUUCAGCUCUGACCAGCUAGUCGCCUUUUUCAUGCCCUCGUCGACGUCGCCAAAUCGCAUAUUCCGUGUUAUUGAUUCACGUCAAGAGUUUUCUGCUUCUCUUUUCCUCGAGCUGCAAUCUCGGCUGCCAGUUUAUAUGGUACCGACAUUCUUGAUCCCGAUAACAGACAUGCCCCUGACACCAGCUGGGAAAGUAAACAAAGCUUUGCUGCUGAACACCUUCCGUAGCCUCUCUCAAGAACAAGUGUCCGCUUUUGCAAACAAUUAUGACACAGCUGAAGAUGACGACGCCGCACAGUGGACGGAUAUUGAGGGGCAGAUCUCUGGCAUCAUUGCUGAUGUUUUCAAGCCUGAUGCGCAGAGUAUCGGCCGCUGGACGCCGCUGGCCAGCGUAGGCCUUGACUCGUUAUCUGCCAUCCAUGUCUCUCGGCGUCUCAACCAGACGUUUCCAAAGUGCCGCCUUGCCAUCUCGGACAUUCUACGGAACAUGUCCAUCGCACAGCUGGCACAGUUGAUUGCCGAGAAGUCGGCAACGACAUCAUUUACCUCUGAUGGCAUUGCGUCAACCGUUUCACUGGACGUGUUUUCAUCAGAUUUUAUGUCAGAACUGCAGUCGAACCUUGAGGAGAGAGAUCACGUCUUGCACCCCAUUGCGCAGGUUGUCCUGGACACCUAUACGGCUCCCUGGCUGGAUCUGGCUACAUCUGUGACGGACACCCUUGACACCCUCGUUGAGCAGCACGCACAAUCACUCCCCUAUCCAGUCGACUCGUUCCACCCCCCAGUUUCUUUUGCAGCAAUCAGGGACAGAGACACUCAGUAUCUGUCCUUUGUCUGCCACCACGCUGUCUACGACGGAGAAGCCAUGGGUCGUCUGUUAUGGGAAGUCGAACAGGUUGUCCUCCGCAUGAGCGGACAGGAAAAUUCAUCGGUAAUUCUGGAUACGGCGCCGAAUUUCAGCAUGUUCCUUCAGCAAGCGUUGAACCUUCCGUCGUCCACAGACCAAUUCUGGAGCAACCAUCUUGCUGGGUACAAACCGACUCUGUUACUUGCAAACAGGUCGGCCGUACCGGACAAUGGUAGCGGAAUCCUGGAGCAGGCUCUCGACAUGCCUCUGUCGGCCAUCCAGGAUCAGGUAAAGCGCCUGGGCUGCUCCUUGUUGACGGCCUGUCAGGCAGCGUGGGCGGGUACUAUGGCCAUUCUCUUGCAGACGGAUGACGUCUGUUUUGGCAACGUCUACAACGGCCGCUCUGUGCCAGUUGAGAAUGUGGACAGUUUAGUUGCCCCAUGCUUCAACACGCUUCCUAUCCGUGCCAACAUUUCCCGACCAUCACGACCACUCAACAAUGAUAUUUGGACCCUGGAGCGGGACGACGGGGAGAUGGAUCUCCCAAUGGUCUUUGAGCUUACGCCGGCCAAUGAUGAAGACAAGUUACGAGGUCGGCUUCACUUUGACAAAAAUAUUGUCAAACCAGAAGCAGCGUCAGUUGUUGUCGACCUGUUUGGCACUCUCCUGACGACUCUCGUACAGUUCUCGUCGUCGCGCAUCCCAAGUCGCACAGAGCUACCUCAGUCUUUGCAGGACAAACUUGGCAAUCUGCACUUGAACGUGGAAUCGUUCGGGAAAGAAGCUGAAGAGAACGGGUCGGACGCCGUUCUUGUCCAUGAAACCGAUGAGAUUUGGACUACGACCGAGUCGGCCAUUCGUACAGUAUUGUCCCGGCUCGCCGGCGUGCCUGCAGACAACAUUCGGCGCGACACGACAAUUUACCGCCUUGGCCUCGAUAGUGUCCGCGCUGUGCAAGUAGCAUCUGAACUCCGAAAACAAGGACUCCAGGUCUCGGCCGUGGAUGUCAUGGAGCACCCGAGCUGUGCAACCCUGGCAGCAUCACUCUCACCACCACUCGUCCAAGUUACAGGAGCCACCACGACCUCCAACAGCUCCGAGUUCCGCACGCCAGACACAUCUUCCGCGACAAACACUCCACCAAGUUCAUCUCUGUCCGUUGCAUCUCCCGGGCCCGUCGAACUACAGACAAUAGACUUUACCACAUUUCGUGCGGCUGCUCGCCCUGUGCUUGAUAAACAAGGGUUCUACCUUGAGCAUGAAAUUGAGACUGUCUUGCCUUGUACUCCCUUGCAAACUGGGCUGCUCACCGAGUUCGUUCGGUCAAAGGGAAAACACUACUUCAAUUUCAUCACCUUCGAGCAGAAACGAGGGGACAAAAUCCCGAGACUCAAUGGAGAUAUGUGGCAAAAGGCGUGGAGGCAAGUUGCAUGUUCGACCCCUAUACUGCGGACAGGAUUCGUAAGCAAGGAUGGUGCAGCGGAUGACGACAGCGACAGCAACAGCGAUGAUGCAUUUGACGCCCUGUCUCCUUUUGCCAUGGUCCAGAUCUCUCCAGAGUCAAUGGAGCACCAUGCCCGCGUUCUUCUCGUCAAUGACGGCCACGACUUUGAUUUCAAAAAUUGGAAACGCGAGGCAACGGUGGAAACUCUCACCAACCUUCAGCUUCCACCAUGGCAAGUGGCUAUUGUCGACGGCCGUGUAGGAGACGUUGUGACCUGCCACCUGGCCAUCCACCACGCAUUGUACGAUGCAGCAAGUCUGCGGGUUCUUCUGGACGACGUGACCGCUUUUAUACAGGCUGGAUACGAAGUAAAGCGGAAGGAAACCCCAUCAACAGAGCUGGUCGUCUCUGAUAUUCUCCACCAAGUCGCUUCCUUGACCGGUUCUUCGUCACCCGUAGCCGACCUCUGGAGAGAAAAGAGUGGUCAAACUGUUGUCAAUAGCUUCCCUCUGCUGACUCCGCUCAAUGAGUCCCAAGGAUAUGCUGUUCUGUCUCGUCCAUCGUCGCGCUUACUCGACGAGCUACAGAUGGCCGUGCGAAGUGCUGGAUUCACCAUGCACGCUGUCCUCCAGGCGGCAUGGACGCGCAUUCUGUCGUCUUACGUGGGCGAUGCAUCGGUCGUUUUCGGUGCUGUUCUCUCGGGCCGCAACUCCGAUGCGACUGAGCGUGCGGAUUUCCCGUGCAUUUCCACGUUGCCGGUCGUCACCCAGAACAAGUCAAGCAAUAGGGCGCUGGUUGAGCAGUUGAUGCAUGCAAAUAUUCUACUUCACAAGUCUCAACACGUCCCGCUUCGCCAGAUUCAGAGAUGGCUGGGUCAGCCUGAUACCCGGCUGUUCGAUACACUUGUCGUCUUCCAGGCCGCCGAGCGUGGCUCAAGCUCUGACAACUGCCCUUGGACCAUUUCAGACGAGGAGGCCAUUGUUGACUAUCCAAUUUCUAUCGAGGCCAUUCCGGAGGCAACCGAUCGACCGCUGCUGUAUCAGAUCACAUUUGAUACCAGCGUCCUACCACGCGAGCAUGCGACCAUCCUUCUCAAUCAGCUUGACGCUAUCGUCAGCCACCUUGCGACCCAUCCUGACGGUGACGAAGACGACUUUGUGGAACUGAACCCUGAACUCUACAGUGUGCUGCCUCCAACCGUGCGGGAGCUGCAAUCGGAUGUGAAGCUGCUGCAUGAGUUUGUUGAACGUCAGGCUGAGCUGAGGCCAACAAAAGUCGCUCUGCAAUUCGUUACGGCCUUCGACGAGAGCAGAGGCGGCGUUCCGGUUAGCAAAGAAUGGUCUUUCGACGACUUGAACACUCGCGGUAACCAGGUCGCCAGUCUUGUGUCUCAGCAUGCAGAACCUGGAUCAAUUGUGGCCAUCUGCUUUGAUAAGUGCCCCGAAGCCUUCGUUGCCAUGUUGGGUAUCCUCAAGGCCGGAUGUGCUUUUCUAGCUCUGGAUCCUGGCGCGCCAUCAUCGCGCAAAGAAUUUAUUCUCCAGGACGCGGGAGCACCGCUCCUUCUCACGGAUGUGACCAGAGCUGCAGCGACAGUCUCGGAUGGUGGCUUGUCUGACAUCACACCGGCCGUCACGAUACUUGGCAUUGAUAUGGCUUCUCUGGAUACGGCCAGCGAUUGCGUGGCAUUGUCAGGUGUCCGCCGCGCACCCGAGCCAAGCGACGUGUGCUACUGUCUCUACACAUCAGGCACGACGGGCACUCCCAAAGGCUGCGCCAUCACCCACGAGAAUGCAGUGCAGUGCAUGCUGGCCUUCCAAGAGCUAUUCCGGAACCACUACGAUGCCGACACGUCCCGAUGGCUGCAGUUUGCUUCUUUCCACUUUGACGUCGCUGUCCUCGAACAAUACUGGACGUGGUCUGUAGGCAUGACGUUGGUCGGCGCUCCGCGUGAUUUACUUUUGGAAGACCUGGCCGGCGCGAUUUCGCGGCUCAACAUCACCCACAUUGACCUGACCCCAAGUCUGGGCCGCCUGCUCGACCCCAACGACGUUCCCAGCCUCUGCCGCGGCGUCUUCAUCACCGGCGGCGAGCCACUCAAACAGGAAAUGCUCGACCCAUGGGGCCCUACCGGCGCCGUUCACAACUUUUAUGGCCCGACCGAGGCCACCAUCGGCGUCACGUCGUAUCCGCAGGUCCCACGAAACGGGCGCGCGUCCAACAUCGGUAGACAAUUUCCCAAUGUCGGUACCCUUGUCUUCCGCCCUGGAAUACAGACGCCCAUUUUGCGAGGCGGUGUUGGCGAGCUCUGCGUGUCUGGGACAUUGGUCGGUCAAGGUUACCUGAAUCGCGCCGAACUUACUAAUGAGCGCUUCCCAACCCUGGAUGGCGAUGGAACUCGCUACCGCCAUGACCAUGGCGACCGUAUUUACCGCACGGGCGAUCUGGUCAGGAUGAUGCACGAUGGCUGUUUUGAUUUCCUAGGUCGUGCUGACGACCAAAUUAAGCUCCGUGGGCAACGACUUGAAAUUGGUGAAAUCAACCACGCCAUCCGCCUCGGCCUCGGGGCCAGCGUUGGUGAUGUUGCCACGCAGGUGAUCCGCGACGAAGACAACAAGAAGGAUUUUUUGGUGUCUUUUGUUGUCGUCGACAAUCCGGACGGACACAGCCCAGCAUCCGACAGUGCUAUUCUUUCCCGACAAGUCCAGGCAGCCUGUCGAGAGCGGCUCCCAGGCUACAUGGUGCCAACCUACGUGGUUCCGCUGGCCGCAAUCCCGCUGUCGGCCAACAACAAAGCAGAUGGCAAAGAGCUGAAGCGUUUCUUCAACAGUCUGUCACCGGACGAGCGGAUGCACACGACAGGCGCUGCAACAAACGGCGUGGCAGCGCCGACGACGGCGUCAACCGCUGCUCUCCGCGUUCCGCUUUCUGAACACCCGAGCGGCAAGAUCGUUGUCCAAGUGCUGCACAAGUUGGGCCUGCUUGACCCCAAUCACCACGCCCUCGCUCCACACACGAGCAUUUUCGAACUCGGCAUCGACUCUGUCUCUGUGCUACGCUUUGCUCGCGCACUCAGACGGGCAGGUGUUUCCUCCGCCACACCGUCAGCCAUCCUUGCGCACCCCAAUAUGGGAGAUCUUAUCGCUGUGCUGCACGAUGCACAGACGAAGCAAUCUACCACGAUCGGCUCAGUGCUCGAGGCCCGUCUACUGGUUGAUGCUUGCCAGCACCGCAACCGCGCACAGGUGGCCCAAUCCCUCGGCGUCGCCUCAGACCAGAUCGAGUACAUUGCACCCUGCUCGGCUUUGCAACAGGGCAUCCUCUCUCGAGCCCGCUCUGGACCGGAACACCGAGACACGUACUUUAAUACGUUCCACUUUAAGCUCGACAGCACCGUCUCUGUUGAGAGACUGCAGAGAGCAUGGGCCACGGUCGCUGCCAGAAAUUCUAUCCUGCGGACGCGUUUUGUCGCUACAAGGGACGGCAUUGUCCAAGCUGCUAUGAAACCUGAUGCCGUCACCCUUCCUUGGAUGCAGCUGAAUUUGGACGACAAUGCAGACGUAGCCUCGGCAUUGCAAGAGAAGUACAUAGACUGGGUCGAUUCCAGCCGAGGCAACGACAUUACCAACCCAAUACAACAUUUGUCGUUUGCAUAUCGUGGAGCAAACACUCAUGUUCUGCAUAUUUUCCACGGCCUCUAUGAUGCGACAAGUCUCGGUCUCGUCCUCGGUCAGGUUGCAUCCGCGUACAAAGCUGAACCGAACCGUUUGCCAUCAUCGUCAGCGCCAACUUUCCUACAUGCUCUGGUGCAUGGACCACUCCGGAACCACAGCAGGAGCCGUCCAUUCUGGGAGAGACACCUGAACGACCGUGGUCCUUUCCAACCCCUCCAGCCUCUAGCUGCUUCGAAGUCCGCUACCCGCGAAGACAUUGGCGUUGAGCGCACCCUGUCCUUUGCCGAUGUGGAACACAUACGCGUUCGUCUUGGUGUGACACACGCAGCACUCGUCCAGGCUCUGUGGUUGUCUGUUCUGUACAAGAACGCAAACAACCGUGCCAGCAACGGCGUGGCCCUUGGCCUCGUCCUCUCGGGUCGAACUAUGGAUGACCUAGACGGCACGGAAGGUGUUGUAGGGCCCCUGUUCAACACCUUGCCGUUCUUUGCGCCGGCCGCGGAGCUCGAAUCGUCUUUUGCAGAACUGGCCCAGGCGUGUCACGCGUACAACGUAGCUACGCUACCCUUUCAGCAGACACCGUUACGAGACAUUCAAAAGUGGUGCUCAGCCGGACAGCCGCUCUUUGACAUCCUCUUCUCAUUCCAGUUUGGAGACGAGUCCGUCGCCGGCACGUCGUCAGCCACCUCAGACCUAUGGACGCAAUCUGAACCGGCCGUACAUGCCGACUAUCCACUUGCUCUGGAGGCGGUUUUGACGUCAACCUCGUCGUCGCCUACCCUCCGCCUGGUCCUUGUUGCAAAAGCCGGCGUUGCAGACAAGCCAAUUCUCAAUCAUAUGCUCGAUGAGUUUGAAUCUGCCUUGGAAGCCGUUGCAAAAGACCCGUUCUCAUCAGUUAUGAGGACCAACAAUGGCGCGGUGCAUGUCAUGGACAACAUCACAUCCAAUCCAACACCUGAACCAGUAACAAGUGAUGCUUUCACCGCCGAUUUGAGCAAAGAAACCUCUGCCCCAUUUGCUUGGAGCGAUACGGCUUCAACACUGCGGCGGACAAUCGCUUCUCUUGCUGGCGUGCAAGCGGACACGAUCAACGAGAAUACCACUCUCGUGGAACUGGGUCUUGACAGUGUUGAUACGAUCAAGCUGUCAGCUCGCCUCCGCACAGCCGGUGUCCGUUUGACCAACAGCCAACUUGUCCGUGGACAAUCGAUUCUGACCUUCUCGGACAUGAUUGAGGCCGCAAACAAUGAAGAAAGGGCCCCAAAUGGGGAUGUAUCGGCCUCAAAAUCCUCUGACGACACCACUAUUGCAUCCACAUCAGAAGCGCUCCGCAGCUACUUCAACUCGAACGGUCGUGAUCUCUCCAACGUCUCCCAUCUCUUGCCUCCAACACCCAUGCAGGAGGCCAUGGUGGCCGACAUGAUUCAAUCAAACUUUGCGCUCUAUUUCAACAACGACAUCCUGGAAAUCAACCCAGGUGUAGAUAUCGCGCGCCUCAAAGCCGCGUGGGCAUCUGUCGUUGCCAAACAAGCUAUCCUGCGCACGGUCUUCUUCAGCAUUGACAGUCCUGAUUUUGACAUUGCCUACUGCCAGGCUGUGAAGCAGUCCAUUGACUUCAUAGAAGAGUGCAGCGUUGUGAGCACAGCGGAGCUGGUCACCGUCGCCGACAAGGUUAGGAGACAGGCCAUGCACGGAGAGGGAGAAUCGGGGCUUUUCCAGCUUACAUUUGUCCACGCAAGCGACACCAGACGCUGGUAUCUCGUUCUGUCGAUUGCUCACGCUCUUUACGACGGACGGUCCCUGGACCUCCUCCACCGCACAGUCGAGGCUACUUACCACCACUCCGACAACGCUGCACCUGUUUCACCUGCUGAGGAUCCGGCUUACAUUGGUCAGCUCGGUCUCAUCCUGCAGUCAUCGGGGGCACAAGCAGACGCUUUCUGGCUCGGCUUCCUCGAAGGCGCCCAACCUACAUACGUACCACGACAAGAUACGACGCAAACGCCAGAGAAAACCGUCGUCCGCCUUGAGUCCACGUCCUCUGUGUCCGUCACCGAUCUGCAGGCCUUUGGCAGACAGCAGGCCACGAGUGUUCAAGUGAUCGGCCAAGCAUGUUGGGCCGCCGUGCUCGCAUCCCUGACGGGCUCGCUGGACCUAUUGUUUGGUGUUGUUCUGUCUGGUCGCCCUGCAGACGAGGACGACGCUACCGUUUUCCCGACAAUGAACACCGUACCAGUCCGUGUUGUCCUGCACGGAACACCAUCUGAGCUCCUCCAGUACAUGCAGUCCAAUAUGGGCAGCAUUGGCGAGCACCAGUACUAUUCUCUUCGCAAGGCGCAGCGGGCCGUUAAAAGAGCGGCAGGCAGCGACAGCUCGUCAGCGUCAGGCAUCUUCAAUACUCUCUUUAUGCUCCAAAAGCGUGGCAACAAAGAACUAAAGGAUACAGAGAAUCCGGCCAUCAUGAAGUCGAUUGGAGGUGCUUCCGACGUGGAGUAUCCUAUCUGUGUCGAGAUGGAGCUGGUUCACGACAACUCGGGGAAGGAUACAGUGGUUUGGCGGACGGCCUGCGAUACAGCCUAUGUGUCUCGCCAUGGUGCCGUUCGACUACUCCACCAGCUCGACGUCGCGCUUCGCUUCAUGGUCCAUUCUUCUGCGUCUUCUAGUACGACUAGUAUUCUCGCGUUCGAUGACAGCGGCGUCUCCAUCUGCGGCCUCCCACCUUUUAAGCCAAAGGUGUCUAGACAAGCAGAAGAAAAGCUUACCAUGAACCCUCCAACCGCAGAAGCCUCGCAGGAAGACUCUGGUGAGUGGACGGACGCCGAAAUGGCCAUUCGCGAGGUGCUGUCGGCUGUGUCUGGCACACCCGAGAGCGCCAUCCAACGGACGGGCCAGACGCUCUACCAUCUCGGCCUCGACUCCAUCAGCACAAUCAAAGUGAGCUCCUUGCUCAGGAAGACAAAGGGCAUUGUGUUGGGCGUGCGUGCAUUGCUGGCAGCUGGUUCUAUACAAGAAAUGGCCACCAUGGCCACGGCCAGCAAAGAGGACAUGCAGAAAACGUCUUUUGAUAGUCAAACUUUGUCGACAUCAAGUCUUUCGGCGGCGCAUAUCGAACAAAGUCUGCGCGCGGGAGGCAUGUCUCCGGCCGAUGUCGAGACCAUCUUGCCUGCCACGCCAAUGCAAGUGCACAUGAUCAGCGUCUGGCAGAACACGGGUGGCGACGUCUUCUUCCCUGCAUUCUGCUACCGCCUCAAGCCGAACGAGACAUCCACCAUUAUUAGUCUUUAUCAUAUCCACAGUGCAUGGGCAGAGUUAGUAGCGGAACUCCCAAUUCUGCGCUCCAUCUUAAUGGCCGCCGCUGUCGAUGCACCUGUUCCGUUGUCGCAGGCUGUCAUUCGGAACAAGAUGCACAAGAUGCCGCCUUCUCUGGACGAAAGCAAGGUGGUUCAUUCGUGGCCCGCGCUUGGAGACACAUCAGCUCAGGCGUCGUUUGCUAUUCUAUCGGUCGCCCGAGAGGUUGAUGCCGGCCAAGUCUCCUACCUCUUGACGCUCUGCAUCCACCAUGCUCUUUACGAUGCCGUAAGUCUCGAGACGAUUCUCGGGCGCUUCAAAGAGCUUCUUGUCUCUCCAUCAAAAGGAAAAGCCCGGGCCACAUCGACAGCUUGGGAGCAAUCGCUUUCCCGUCAACUCUCCACUGCGACCACCGAGAGCAACACAGCAUAUUGGUCGAAAUACUUUGCUGGAGCCAACUUACGAUCCUCUGUUGAGAUCCCCGGAAAAGUGCAGAAACGUGGCCGUGCCUCAUUCUACCGCCGUUCCGCGCUCGACGAUGUUGCACCACUAAAAGACGGGGCAGCCAAACUCGGCGUCGGUCUUCAGAGCCUCGUGUUUGCCGUGUAUGCGAAGACAUUGUCCACAAAGAAUGCCAGCCAAGACGACGUCGUCUUUGGUGUCUACCUGGCGAACCGGAUCAACAGCGGCGAUGAUGACAAACUGGCGGCGUAUCCCACGCUCUGUCUUGUGCCGCUGCUCGUGCGGUCACCAUCCACGCGCAGUGUGGCCGACAUGGCUGCCCAGAUCCAGGCUGACCUUCAUGCCCUGGCCGCACCGCCUUCGCCGACGGCAGCAGCGCCGCUCACAGCAAGCCUCUGGGAGAUUCGACAGUGGACGGGUGUCGCCGUCGAGUCGUUUGUCAACUUUUUGCUCCCAGACGAUCUGGGCGCCGUGGAUGCGUCGUCUGGCAUCUCGUUGGAGCUUGUCGAAACGCCAGACAAGGCAUCCCCGCCACCAUCACCCAGUGCCUACCCGUCUCUCCACGGCAACCGCGUCCGGGAGGCUUACAAGGACGCCAUCGAUGUGGAAAUGGCGGUCCGCAAUGACACAUUGGACAUUGGUGUCUUUGGCUCGGCGAGCCGUCUUGGUGAUGACGGCGGUGCCGAGAAGACAGUGCAAGCGAUUGUGAGUGCUCUCCUGGCAGAGCUUUCAGACAAGGAGUAA